CUGCCACCCUAACCUCAACCGUGCCAAUUGGAAGAGUUUGUUUACCAAACAAGAUCUCGAAUUUCGGCAAAUUUAAAGUAAAUAAACAAAACCACGACAUGUUGGUGUGCACCUAACCGCCGCAAGUUAAACGUAAUAAGUACAUCCAAAAGAAGUUCCGAUGACUAACAAUCAGCAACAAUUCUACGAGGGCUGCGGCCGCGAGGGAUUGAUCCGGUGCAUAUUCCUGAGCGAGUUUCAUCCGGUGGCAGGGUCGAAAAUCAGUUGUCAGGUGCCUGAGGGGUACGUGACCAAGGAUGUGUUCGACGCAGUGAACGUGUACAUCAUUCCGAAACCGCAGCUGCAGAGGUGCAUUUUGACUGUGAAUGUGAUGAAGACCAAGAUUGUCGGCUACCCAGUGAAGAUUGACAGUCAACGGUACGCCAGGAACGCGUUUUAUUUCAAUUUGUGCUUCGUCUGUGACUUCUGGGCCCGCUCCGUUCAGUAUGAGCCGGUGGUGAAAAAGUUGUCGGAAUACUUGACUAUGAUGGAAGAGGAAACUGGUUUUCUGUCCAAAGACGAAGAUGAUAAAAUACAAUUGCAAACGCUGCUGGGUCGGAUUUUAUCGGAUUUGAAUGAACAUAAAGUUACAACGAUUGUCGAAGGAGAAAAUACAAUUUAUUUGAAAAUUGUCACGCAUCUACCCGACCCGCCUACUGUUCUCGAUCAUAUGGUUCCUCUUUUAAUGUCCGAAUAUAAAUCGAUUCCUCUUGAAAGUUGGGAUUUGACUAGUCAACAGAUCCUGCCCUACAUCAAUGGUAUCAACCACAUCGCCCGAAUAGCAGCUGAAGCAGAUGUCGAGGUAACAUUGGUGAAAGCUUGCAUCCAGAAUUUGGCCUAUUAUGGCGUUGUUAAACUCCUGCCUAUUCUGAAGUACAGUAACGUUUACAUGUGCACUCGGAGUUUACAAAAUCUUACAAAAGACAAUAUGCUGUACACUGCCUGUCGAAAAUAUGUUUCACUGAACCCGGAUCGGCCGUCCCCGAGCUUGGCAAAGGUGUUCCAAUUCUAUGCAUCCAUGACGCAUGGGAUAACACUUCGAACUAUUUGUCAACGCUUGAGUCCACAAAAUCAUAAUAUAGACGAAAGGAAGUUGGUGAUAUUCGGGUUGCAACACGAUCUUAUUCGCUGUAUCUCGAAGUAUCCAGUGUUCAUCGGAUCAAUGCCCAACGGUCGGCAGCGGUUGUACACAGGAACAUAUAAUUUCGAUGAAAUUUGCUGCAAGACCGGAUUGUCAGCAGCAAAUAUUGAGAGGGAUAUUGAUUCUGAUACGAAUGUGACUGUUAUUUGGAAAUAAUCUUUAAUUAUAUAAAUAAGUUGAAUGUGAUGGGCAGAAGAGAAGGGAGGGUCGUAAGAUCAUUUCAAAACCAGUGAGAUCUUGGAAAAAUUGUAAGAUAAAAUUUAUAUUUUUUUAGAAAAUCGAUGUGCAGUUUAUAAGUUGAGAAAAUGGUUUUCCUUUUUUGGUCUCCUUUGUUCAUCGAACAACUUCUCACUUGUUUGUUAUAGAUGACACCGCGAUGAUAUUUAUAUUACGAUACGUUAGAAUUUUGCCCCCAGUACUACUUUGGGGCAAGUAUUAUAGAAUAUUGACAGUAUUCAUCAGUUUACGUUGAAGGGUGUUAAUAUUUUUCCUCUGAAUUUGCUUAAGAAUGGUUGUGUGUUAUUCUCAUUUUAAGUAGACACGAGACAUAAUUUACUGAUAUUUAACGCUUCGCCUAUUUAAAAUAUUUUAAGAGAUGUCAAUAUAAUUUGCAUAUAAACGGUAGUGAACAUGACGUUCGAAUGUCAUAUCAAUAAACUGGUAGUUGAUAAGGAAAGAACAAAACUGACUUUCUUUUCAA